AUGCCAGCGAUGAUAGGUGGAUCUGGUAAUUGGUCUGUUCCGAUUCUAAUAGGGCUUUUCAGGGUAUGGAGCCAUCGUCGCGUCGGUAUAGCUUAUCGAGUGGAAAAGGCUGAUAGGGUCACCACUCCCGUCCUAUUUCCACUCUGUAGUUGUUUGCUAGCUUUAUCGCUUUGUGUUAUCGCCUUGUUCAAGUUUUACCCUUCGUUUCCUUACUCUGAAGAAAAAGCCUAUGUUGCUGAAAAGUUUUUUAUAUACUCUUCUCAUGAUGAUGCUAGAGGUUUUCAAUUAAAAGUUAUAGAAAAUUGGGAUGAUAUAGUAGAUUAUUGUGGCAAAGAUAAAGCCACUGGAGAGGGUGCUGAAACAGUUGCAGAUGCAACUGAGGUUAUGACUCCUACUAAUGAAGUUGAUCGUGUUGAUUUGGAUGGUGAUACACAAGAUUUAGAAGAUAUUCAUGUUAUUGAUGAUAUUUCACCAACCUCAACAAAUGGUCAAAAGAGAAGAAAUCGUGCAUCAAAUUCUUCUGAUAUUCUUCCUACAAAGAAAAGAGGUGUUGUCAAAGAUGUUAUUGCUGAUUCGAUUACUAGAAUGACUUUAUCAUUUGAAGAGUUUAUCCAUUCUAAUACUAAGAACCUUGAUCCAGCAGAGAUGCUGAAGGCACUCCCAAUUGAGAAAAAAGAGAGUAUGUCGUUGAUGUUUAUUGCAUGUGGGGAGUGA